ACCAAAUGCUAAAAGUAUCUAAACGAAAAGCUCAUACACGUAAAGCAAGUCAAGUAUCAGCAGAUACACAAAAAGCUGCCCAAUGUAACAAACAAAUCUAUGAUAUUAGUCAAAUGUUAACCCAAAUGGAUAACAAUAAAUUACAGUUAAUUUAUCAAAAUAUCGUUCAAUUAACCAAUAAUGAAAAAACAAACCAAAUGACACUUCGCCAAAAGUUAGUCAAUAUGAUUGAACAAUUACCUAAUAAUCAAUUGAAGCUUGCAGCUUAUUUAUUUAACAAAAUGAGGUAUGAUAAAGAGACAAAUGAGAAUAAACUGCUUUUGUCUUUUUUACAAGAUAAGGCAUUAAACUUUAUAAAAACGUCUUUUUACAAGCCGCAUCAAGAUUCUGGCUCAUUAGUCAAACAAUUAGUGGGAACAUUAUCACAUUAUAAGUGUAAAAAGAGUCGACAUAUCUCAAAAGUACAUGCUACUGCACAUAAAUCUCAACUUGCAGAUUCACAAAGCUUGAACGCAACCAUUCAGGCAAUAAUUAUGAAAGAUAAGCAUCAUUAUACAAUACAAUUCAUAAAUAUGGCAGCUCAAGUAUCGCAAAUUAGUCAAAUAUCAUUUAGAAGUAUGGUUCAAGCUACACAGUUAAUCUUGGGUUUUUUAACUGAAGAAAGUUUAUCUUUGCCGAUUUCAUCUAGAUCAAUUAUUCGAUGGAAUCAAGAAAUUAGUGAAAUUCAUAUUGAUCAAAUUUUAAAUAAAAAUAAUUUUUCUAUUUUUUUUACUCUUGGAAUAAUGGUGAAUGAGUCAACCCGUG